UGCUUGUCACGUGCGUCAGUCAGUCAACAUGGCAGUUCGACUGGUUUGGUUGUGUUUUUCAGUAGUGCUGGUUUUACCAGCAAAUGCGAUAGAAAGAGCAAUAACCCGAGAUCCAGUUGCUGCAACUGUAGGCGCACCAUGGCCCCUACCGCAAACUAUAAAGCAGUCAUCGACCUUGUUUACAGUUGAUGUGCAAAAUUUUAUGUUUGUGACGACCGGCGUUUCAUGCGAUAUUUUGAGUGAGGCGUACACAAGAUACUUACCGCUGACAUUCGGCCAGGAUUAUGCCAACAAAAACCACUGGUUCAAACGUCCAGGGGUCGGAGCUGGGGUGGUGUCGUCCCUGAAUGUCAGCGUCAGCACAAACUGCCAAGGAGUAUAUCCUUCACUGGAAUCCGAUGAAUCGUAUAACCUCCAAAUCACGUCUGCUGGCGCCAGUCUAAAAGCCAAUGAGGUGUGGGGAGCACUAAGGGGCCUCGAGACUUUCAGCCAGCUGGUUACUCAACAAAGUUCCGGAGAGUUUGUGGUGAUGGAGUCAAUGAUUACUGAUGCCCCAAGAUUCAAGCAUCGUGGUAUAUUGCUGGACACUUCUCGCCACUAUCUGUCAGUCAGCACGAUCCUCCAAAACCUGGAUGCCAUGUCCCAGAACAAGUUCAAUGUGUUCCACUGGCAUAUAGUUGAUGACCAAUCCUUCCCCUUUGAGAGUGCUGCCUUUCCAGAAAUGAGUAACAAGGGAGCUUACAACCCUGUCACCCACGUGUAUACUCGAGCUGACAUCAGAGAAAUCACUAACUAUGCUCGGCUCAGAGGAAUCCGAGUAAUGCCAGAGUUCGAUUCACCAGGUCACAGCCAGUCAUGGGGAAAGGCCAUCACCAACCUCCUGACUCCUUGUUACAGUCACGGCAAGCCAGACGGUUCAUUUGGACCCAUCAAUCCCCUCCCAGAGUCCACCUACACUUUCCUUAAGGCAUUCUUCCAGGAUGUGGGAGAGGUUUUCCCAGAUCAUUACGUCCACUUAGGAGGGGAUGAGGUCUCCUUUACAUGCUGGAUGAGCAACCCCAACAUCACAGACUUUGUCACAAAGAUGCACUACACCAACUAUGGCCAGGUGGAGCAAUACUACAUGCAAAAGCUGCUGAAUAUCAUCAGUGGUCUUGGCAAGGGUUAUCAGGUCUGGCAGGAGGUCAUCGACAAUGGUGCCAAAGUGCAACCAGACACCGUUGUUGAAGUGUGGAAGGACCCAUGGCCAGCAGAGAUGGCUAAAGUGACCAAGCUGGGCUACAAGACUCUUCUUUCCACUUGCUGGUAUCUCAACUACAUCAGCUAUGGCUCAGACUGGGCAAAGUACUACGCAUGCGAUCCAUUUAACUUUGAUGGUACCCCUGAACAGAAGGCACUGGUGAUGGGAGGGGAGACCGCAAUGUGGGGGGAGUAUGUCGAUAACACAAACCUCAUCUCCAGGCUUUGGCCGAGAGCCUCUUCAGUUGGUGAGAGGUUGUGGAGUCCUCAGGGUGUGAACAGCACCAGUGCAGCAGAACCUCGUCUUAUAGAACACAGAUGCCGAAUGGUCAGACGUGGCUUCCCUGCUGAACCAAUCAGUGGUCCUGGAUUCUGUGACUUCGAGUACUCAGGCUAGACGUCUUACUGCCACUGUGAAAUGAAAUAAGUUGCUGGAUGCUGCCAGGCCGCGGAGUAGCUAUGUUAACCAUCUUGUAGCAACUAGACCCUGCUGUCUUACUGUUGUCAUCUGAAAAGGACAACUUUAUGUAGAUCAAAUAGUAGACCUGCUUGUAGUAACAGAUGCAACAUCAGAAUCUUCAGGCUUAAAGAAGUAGUGACACAUUAACAAAUGGGUAUAAGAUUUCAAUCAAGAUGUGAUCAUUAUUCAAUAUUAUGUCAGUUUUUCAGAAUCCUUUGUCCAUAGAGUCACAGCAAGUUUCAAAUUGAAGAAACUUCUUCCAAUAUUGUGAAAAUCCCCCAGUCUGGCAGCAUCUCGUCUCAUCAACAUAAUUCAUCUCCACAGAUGGCCAGUCGUCUUCCCAUAACAAAUUAAAUAAGUGCCUCUUCUGCCACAUUAAACAAUACAAUUACUUAAUGACAAAAAUAGUGAUUUGACUAUAAAUCUUAAACCACAACACAAAGUUCAGGGUUUUACAACAUACCCACCAAAUAAUUCUUACCUAUCUGCACACUGUUCUGUAAGUAACUGCUGGACACUUUUGUAACUAGCAAUCUAAAAGCUGAAUGAUACUUAAUAAGCCCAGUUGUAUCUGAUUAAGCAUUCUAUGGUAUAGACUUUUUUUUAGGCAGGGUGAUAUCAGCCAUUUUAUUUUUAUAUUGAUCAUUCACAGCUGAAUGUUCUGAAACAGGGUAGACAUUAUUUGGUAUAGACAUGUAACAUCUUUCAUGUUAUUAGUGUGAGCAAUAUACACGCAUACAAUAUCAAGAUGCAUACAAAUUUUAGGUACAUACUCAGGUACACACAUACAAUAUUCAGUUGAACAGGUACACUGUUCACAUACAUACAAUAUUCACAUACACGCAUACAAACUUUCUGGUACACACAUUCCUGUACAAAUUUUCAGGUACACACCUGCGGUAUUUACAUACACAUAUCUUCGUUAACAUUCCUCUCAAAAUUGUUUUGUAGUCUAUGUUAGAUCUUGGCAACAUCUUGAAUACUAUUUUCCGGUACCUUGUUUUGUAUGUUACCUGCAUUCUCAAUGUAUGUAUGCACAUACACCCUCAUACAGGCACUGUCCUGGUCACGUCAACACAGGAACACGCGACCACACUACAGGCAGUUGCAGGUUACAUGGAGGAUCUGUGCAUACAAUUCCCUGCAUUACUGAGGACAUCUUAAUUCUUGUGUUGCAUUUAUCACAAAAGAAAUCAUGCCUUUGAUGUAAAAUGACUUAGAUACUUUCACCCUUUUUGGGGGGCGAGCUAUUCUGCAAGUUUGAUAUUAAUGUACGAAACAUCUGAAAUAUUGGUAAAGGUGAUUUCUUACUGUUGCUAUGACUUAUCAUAUGAGGAAAUGUUCAUUGUUAAACUGUGUUAUGAUAAUGCUUUAUGUUAAUCAUAUCAACAGCUUUUAUCAGGAUUUGGUAUUUAAUAUCCAACAAAUCUGUGAAAAUCCAUGUCGCUGGUGUGGGUUCCAUCACGCAGUGUGGCAAGAAUUGUAUAUAGACAGUUGUUAACAGAGUGAAGCUUUUUGUUAUGAUUUUGUAUUUUCUGUAGUUUAACACUAAAUGAGUGUUUACACAGAUGGUUAUGCAUGACUGUCUGCUCUAUGCACUAAUGAUUAUGUGUGCUUAUCACUGUGUGAAAUAAAAGGUUCUAACACUG